AUGAAAGCAGUCGACAUCAAAGGCGGCAAAGGCGAACGCGAUGCCCUCUUCAUCAACGCGGAAACCCCCAAACCAACCGCCGGCACCGGCCAGGCCAUUGUCAAGAUCAAGGCAUUCGGCAUCAACCGCAUGGACAUCAUCCAGCGGCGCGGCCUGUACCCGCUGCCGCCGCAGGCGCCCUCCACGCUGGGCGUCGAGUUCAGCGGCACCAUCGAGUCGUUUGGCCCGGGGGACCACGGGAGCUUCAAGGCCGGCGACCAAGUGCUCGGCCUGGCCUACGGCGGCGCCUACGCCGAGUACAUUGCCGUCAGCUCCAAGAUGCUGCUCCACAAGCCGGGCCACAUGAGCUUUGAGCAGGCGGCCGCCGUCCCCGAGACCUGGAUCACCGCCACGCAGGCGCUGCACAUGGUGCUGGGCUUCGCGAGGGGCAAGUCGAUUCUGUGGCACGCCGGCGCGUCCGGGGUGUCCAUCGCGGGCAUCCAGCUGUCGAGGGCGUCUGGCGCGUCCGAGGUGUACGCCACGGCGGGAUCCGACGACAAGUGCGCGUUUGUGACGAGGGAGAUUGGUGCCACCGCGGCCUUCAACUACAAGACGACGGACUGGGUCCGGGAGAUCAAGGACAGGACGGGCGGCAAGGGCGUCGACUACAUUGUCGAUUUCGUCGGGGCCGACUACUUCCAGAAGAACUUGGAUGUCGCGGCGAGGGACGGCAGGAUCGUCCUGCUGGGAACGUUGAGCGGUGGCAAGGUGCCCGAUGCAGAUAUUUCGCAGAUCCUGUACAAGAGGAUCCGUAUUGAGGGCAGUACGCUGCGCAGUCGGGAUGAGGAGUAUCAGGGUAAGCUGAGGGAUCGGCUGGAGACGUACUGCCCCGAGUUUGCGUCCGGCAAGCUCAAGAUCAUCGUGGACAAGGUGAUGCCGUGGGAGGAGAUUCAGGAGGCGCACAAGUACAUGGAGGAUGCGAAGAACACGGGCAAGAUUGUGUGCACUAUUUCCUAA